ACAUUUAAGUCGUUCGCUGACAGUGAAUGUUCUAUUUUCAGAGGUUACUGUUCAACUUGUUUGUGUUUAAGCUAGACAAACUCUGUUGAAACUGUCUAAGUGUCUGUGUGGUACGCACGCCAGUUAGACUCUUCAAUAUUUUACGUUUAAACUCGUACGGUAAAAACAAAUUCCUCUCCCUUAUGCCGUCACGCGGUGUCAACAUAACGAACAGCUGUCAAAGAGAGAGACGUGUCACUCUGGCGAUAAAUGCCUGCACUCGGAACCAGAAAAACAUUAUCUGAGAACAUUGCUGUACAUUUUUGUCAGCCGUAGAAUUUUACAUUACGGGUAAAGAAGACAGAAGUCAGCAGUGAUGUAAUAUAUUAUGGCCCACAACUUUAGUUUCUCGUGACUUUGUCAGCGUGAUUCAUUGAUUUCAGAGUUUGUGGGGUGUGAGUUCUCUGUCGAUACGCGUGACCAGUUACAUUCGACGUGGUUUCACUUAUGGAAACUCAGUGUCGCAAACUGUUUUUUACCUCUGCCUUAGGCCCCAGUAGCAAAAUUAAAAAACACUGACGUGAUUCUGCUAUACGCGCCGUGGGAUACGUUCAACCACAUCACAAGCCACAAGCAUGUACGUUUCAGUACUUACAUUUCAUGUUAGAUUCUACAUAAACAAAUGACGGUUGCUGUUGCUGCUGGUGUCCAUGUCUAAAGACAGCCUACAGGUUCCACUCCAUUGAUGGCCUCUCUGUGGUGGCUGUUUCCAAACAACACCAAUCGUUUAUACUUCAUGGAUAACGCCACAUGCUUGAACUCCACACACAGCACAGUACUGCGUGGAGUCCCAUUUGGAGGAGUCCCAGUCGUGCUGCUGCUCAAUUUUUCUGUCUUUCUGGUGUUGCUGAUCAUAUUCUCAAUCAUCAGGAAGAAGUUCUGGGACCAUGGGCGUAUAGCACUAAUCGCAGAUGCAGACAGUGAAGGCUUCCCUGAGACUGCACGCCAUCGUCAGCAUAUUUCAUCCAUUGUGUCUAUGGAUGAUGACUUGGAGUAUGAGCAGGGAUUCUGCUCCUGGCUGCCUUACAUCCUCAGAAUGAAUGAGGAAAAAAUCAAAGCCAAAUGUGGCAUAGACGCGGUCCACUAUCUGUCCUUUCAACGCCAUGUGAUCCUCUUGUUGCUGGUCACAACCCUUUUGUCACUGGGGGUCAUAUUACCGGUCAACAUGAGUGGAGAUCUGCUUGGUAAUCAACCCAAAGAUUUUGGCAGAACCACUUUGGGGAAUCUUCAGAAGGGAAACAAUCUGUUAUGGCUACACACGGUGUUUGCAGUCAUCUACCUGAUCCUGACCGUUAUUCUACUCCGACAUCAUACAUCACAAAUGAAGUAUCAAUCCAGUGAGACAACCAGAAACACAUUAUUUGUGUCCUCUGUCCCUAAAACAGCAACAGAAGAAGAUGUGAAGACCCAUUUCAUAGAGGCGUAUCCUUCCUGUGAGGUGACUGCUGUGACACUGGGCUAUAACGUGGCCAAGCUCAUGCACCUCCAUAAAGAAAAGGUACGAGCAGGUAAAAACCUGCGCUACUAUGAGCGUGUCCUGGAGAAAACAGGACAACGUGAGCUGAUCGACCCUCGUAUGUGUGGUUGUCUCUGCUGCAACAAUACUGAAAAGGUAGACGCUAUUGCAUAUUUUCAAACUAAAGAGAAAGACCUGCUAGAAGAGGUGAGGCAGCAGGUGGAGUUGGUUCCACAACACUCCCUGGGAAUUGCUUUUGUGACCCUGCAGAAUGAGACAAUGGCAAAGUACAUUCUGAAAGACUUCAACGCAGUGGAGUGUGGCAGCUGCUGUGGGAAAGUGCCACAGCCUUCAUCUAGAAGUCUUCAUCUGAAAGUGAACAGGUGGAGCAUCAAAUUUGCUCCUCAUCCAAAAAAUGUUUACUGGGAAAAUCUGUCUGUGCGGGGUUUCUCCUGGUUCAUGCGUUACGUGAUGAUCAACUUUUCCCUGUUCUUCCUGCUUACAUUCCUCACAACUCCAACCAUCAUCAUCAACACCAUGGACAAGUUCCAAGUGACCAAGCCUAUUGACGAUCUUAAUAGUCCCAUCAUCAGCCAGUUCUUCCCAACUCUCCUGCUUUGGAGCUUCUCUGCACUCUUACCCACCAUAGUUUACUACUCCACACUUGGGGAGGCGCACUGGAGCAGGUCCAGUGAGCAGCUGAGCAUGAUGAGUAAACUCUACUUCUUCCUUCUCUUCAUGGUUCUGCUCCUCCCCUCUCUGGGACUUACCAGUCUGGCUGUGUUUUUCCGCUGGUUGUUUGAUAACAAGUUUUUGUCCGAUGGAAAGCUGAGAUUUGAAUGUGUAUUUUUACCUGACCAAGGUGCUUUUUUUGUAAACUACGUGAUCGCAGCAGCGCUGGUGGGCUGUGGGAUGGAGUUGCUGCGGUUGCCAGCAUUACUGCUUUACUGCAUUCGUUUGAUAUUUGCAGGCUCUGCAGCUGAAAGGAAGUAUGUCAAACAGAAUCAGGCCUAUGAGUUUCAGUAUGGAGCCAUGUAUGGAUGGACCCUCUGUGUGUUAACUGUCAUUAUGGCUUACAGCAUAAUUUGCCCCAUCAUCAUGCCUUUUGGUCUCCUGUACAUACUGCUGAAACACCUAGUGGACAAAUACAACAUGUACUUUGCCUACCUGCCUGCACGUCUGGACUGUCAGGUCCACCUGGGAGCUGUCAAUCAAGCCCUGGCUGCACCCAUUAUUUCCCUUAUAUGGCUCUAUUUCUUCUCAGUGCUCAGAACAGGUUUCUGGGCUCCAACGUCUCUCUUCACCCUGGUGGUCCUUUUCAUCACUGUGAUAAUCUGCCUGGGCUUCACCUGCUUCGGUUACUUCAAAUACCUCAGCCCACACAACUACAAGGUGGAGGAGGAGGGGGAGGAAAAAUCAGAAGACGCAGCAGAGGAAAACUCAGAGGUCUACCUUCCCAGAGUGCUUAAUCCAAAAUCUCCUGCCAGCACUGCAAUGGGCUCCAAACUUGAACAGUCUUAUGGUGCCACAGAGGAAAGCAUGAACAACAGCAUAUGUUCAUUGGAGCACUCGGCAAAAGUCACCAAUGGAGUUAAAGACUUGGAAACUUGAUUACCUUCCGUGAUUCAUCCUCAGCCCAACACCAUUGCUAGGCAGAGAGAACAACGCCUGACAAGGGAAUGGUAAUAAUGCACUUUUUGUACCUAGCGAGUCCUUGUUUCGUCAACUUGUAUUUAUAUACAGUAUAUUAAUAAUUUUUUUUUUAUCAUUUUAUAUGUAUGUGGGUGUGUGAAUGUUAUGCGUAUAUAUCAGUAUUGGAAGAAUUUUUGGGUCAACUACUGUUUUAAAAAGUGAAAUUCACACUGUCUUGUGGUUGAAGGAGCUUUAUUGAGUCAGUACACUUAAACACAGUUCACACGUUAUGGUUUCAGUGUUUGACUUACUGUACUCAGGACUUACUUUUUAAUCUGUUUCAUCAACAACGUGUCAACAGUUGACAUUUUGUGUAAUUGCCAUAAAAAACGAGUUUGACAUUUUUAUUGGUUAUAAUUUCAUAGUCUGCUCAGUGCAUUGAUGAUAAAACACAAGGUGUGCCUUAAAUUAUUACAGUUUACUACUGUUAAAACCAUGGUGCCGCUCUCUCAUGUGCCAUACAUUUUUAUGUGACUUUUUUCUUUUCUUUUAUAAAUGGGCAAUUUAACAAAAACGUUCAUCCUUGUUGAUUUGUUGGUCCUAUUAACCUUGUCUUUUGAAUGGCUACUGGUAUUUUAAUUCUGUUUAGAAAAUAAAACCUAGUUAUGUGCCAUAAUGAGUGGUUCCUGUUACCAGGGGGCACUGUUGAGCCGCAUUUGAGUACUGCAACGAGCUCCUUAAGUAUUCAUUCAUCAAAGCAGUGAAGGAGGACAAGUGCACAGCUUUAUAUUGUGGAUAUUAAGACUAAUCUGGCCCAGGCAGAAGUCAGUUUCCAGUGUGACAACUUCAGAGGCUCCACCUCAUCACCUGAUCUUUUACUGUUGUUCCCCCUUCUGUUUCCUUUUGCCCCGGCUUUCCACAUUCUCCCCAGGGUACCUGCCUCAAGCUGAAAAAGGCCUUUGUUGCCAUUUAAAGGGCUUUCAUGAUGCAUUACCAAGGUUAAAUGAGGAUAAACGAAUGCCAAAGAUCUGGACUGUGUCUGGGCUUUUACCUGUUUUAAAAGGCUUUUUUUGUACUUGACGAGAAUCAGUAUUCUUAAAUGGAGUCUCACAAAAGCAGCUGCUCGGAAACUGAUUUCACCUGAUAUGAUUUUCAUCUCUUACAUAGGCAGCAUCAAGAGAAUCAAAUACAGUCCAACAUCUAUCCAGCCUCAAAACUAAUUGUGUCACUGUUGCUGCCUCAAAACUUUAUUUACUCCCUUCCUUAAUUUAAUUCCUAAAAAAAUGUUCAAAUCAAAUCAAACAAAGGUAGUACAAUUAUAAACUAGUGCAUUUUCCACACUCUGGGAAAAUAAAUAAAAAAUCUAAAUUGAAA